AUGUGGGCGUCAUGCUGUGGGCUUCUGAAUGAGGUCAUGGGAACGGGCGCGGUGCGGAGUCAGCAGCCCGGCUUUGGGGCGGGGGCCGGGCCAUUCCGCUUUGCCCCCAGUUACUCCACCUACCCCCCCACCUACCCCCCCAUGAACAGCUCCACCACCUCAGGGAGCGCAGGCCUUGCGUGCAAAGCCUGUGGACUGGCCUUCUCCGUCUUCAGACGGAAGCACAUUUGCUCUGAUUGUAAGAAGAGUUUCUGCUCGCUGUGCUCAGUGCUGCAGGAGAACCUGCGGCGUUGUGCCACCUGUCACCUGCUGUGGGGAACCGCCUUCCAGCGGCCGCAGCUGAUGCGGCUGCGCGUCAAGGACCUGCGGCAGUACCUGACGCUGCGGAACAUCCCCACAGACACGUGUCGGGAGAAGGAGGACCUGGUGGACCUGGUCCUGUGUCACCUGGGAGCCGAGCUGGAGGGCGGACUGGACGAGGAAGACGAGGAGGAGGAAGGGGAAGAGGGGGCCGACACAGACAGUUUGCACUCGCACCCGCGCUCUCUCUUCGCCCCGACCGCCCCGCCCACAGCGCGCUCCGCCUCCCAGCAGUCCGCGCUGUCCGUCACAGUCUCUCAGGGAGAAGAACUCAGCCAGAGCGACAGCUCGGGAACCAGCAGCCAGGAUCACGGAGAUGCCGCUUCACUCUCUCUCCUCAACCUGGAGGCCAGUGAACCUGUCACAGAGGCGAGUCCUGUGACACAGAGAAGGGCCAGGGCGUCGCUGUCUGAUCUCUCCGCUGAGGGCGAUAUCGAGAGCCUGUCCGUGCGGCAGCUCAAAGAGAUUCUCGCCCGUAAUUUCGUCAACUUCUCUGGCUGCUGCGAAAAAUGGGAGCUGGUGGAACGCGUUCAUCGGCUCUACAGGGAGAACGAACUGAACAGGAAGUCCAUGGAAAAUGUCAGCAACAACAUAACUGCAGACGGCGUGAAGGCGCAGCUGAGCUGCGUGGAUGAGAACCUGUGCAGGAUCUGCAUGGAUGCAGUAAUCGACUGUGUGCUGCUGGAGUGCGGGCACAUGGUCACGUGCACUAAGUGUGGAAAACGCAUGAACGAAUGUCCCAUCUGCAGACAGUACGUCAUCAGGGCCGUGCACGUCUUCAAGUCCUAA